CCAAGGUCCAAAGCACCGAUUUGCGAGGAAGAUGGCUGAAGACCUCCAAAGAGAAAACAUUCCGAAGCCAUUCAGUUUCGCAAUCGCGGCGGCAAAACGACACCGCCCGGCAGCAGCAAAUGUUCUUCAAGAUGCCAGUAACCGCGGUCCUCCUCCCCAGCACGGUUCGGAACCAGCGUGGGGAAACAGUCAGAACCCUCCGCAAGACAAAGACAACAGAAAAUAUGUGCCACCGGGGAGACAACAGCAGCCAUAUAGCUCCUCCGUAGCAUCUUCGUGGAGAAGCCCUGACGCCCAGAAUCCGCAGUGUCAACAACAUUACGCAACUUCAUACCCAAACAAUGUAUACCCCGUCGCUUCGCACAACAGUCGGGCCCAUCCUCCCCCUCCCCCUCGCGUGGAAGAGCCUAGAGCACCGUUCGCCCCCUGGAUUGAUACCAUAGAUAGGAUGUUCUGGAAAGAGGCUAUUCGCAUGAAACUACUGUUGAAACCUCACCGGGACGAAGUGAUCAACCGGUUCCGCAUAGCUGGCCUUUCUGAGGCACAGCGCAGGGAGGUUGAACAUAUGAUCAAGAUGGCCGCCCAGAGGAGAAAUGGACUGGACCUUGCCAAUCUUGCCAAGUGGGAUCUUGUAGCUCUCCGCCGGCAUGGAGACUUGGAGCACAAGCUUCUUCUUAAGCAUAUCAAAGUCGUGCAGGCGCAGCCCGACCGGCGUAAUAGGACCACGACCAUGCCUUCAUGUGAACGGAAACCUUGUCUAGAUAUUUGCUGCGAAUUCCGUCACCCGACUGAUGCUCCUAUCACCAAGCGUGCUGCCGGAAGGGCUUUCAGGUGCUUGGUAGGAAUCCUGCUACGGCGAGCUGGUGCAGCGAGACUCAUUGAGCGAUCCGAAAUCCGCACCCUCAAAAUACAGUAUUACCGCGGGAUCACCAAGCGUGACAGACGCACCUCCACUGUGGCCAGUCUUGCUGCAUUCAUUCUGCUUGCCGAUUGCGAGGCAGAAUACACAUACCUGGUCAGCACUGCAAUUCGGCAGUGUGGAAUCGCGCGCUGGGCGGACGAAUCAAGCAGUGAGAUCACCGUUUUGAAUGACUUGCUAGCGGAUCCGCUGUUCGACGAAGGCGAAGGAUCCGGAAGUGGGGAACCCCUGGAUAUGCCUGAGGCCGAUAACCGCCCCGGCGAAGACGACGAGGAGGAUGAGGAAGGCGAACCGGUUGACUGGAAAACCUUAAGCGCAGAGAAGCUGUAUCGCAAGAGCUUGGAAACUAUGGAAAACCCUAUUAUUGCGGCGCGCUUCUGCGUGACUACUUGCAAUGUGGGCGUUGGUGGAAAGAAGGCUCAGGUUCUACUCCCUUUGUGGCUCGAAUACACCAAAACAGAUGCGCCCCCCUCCUCAGACGGGGAGGAACAUGUCGCGGAGGCCGACCGGCUCACUUUGCCCAUGCUGUGCUACCUCUUUGCUCAUCUUGGUCCGGAACCGAUUCUCGAAUGUCUUGCAGCUGCUAAAACGCCGGGCUUUGUUGCUCCCGGACCGAACUCCAAGGCGCGUCAGACUCCACAGGACCGGAUCAACGAAAUCGAGCAGAGAACCUUCCACCGCGCAGUCGAGCUCGGGCUGCGAGAAGAGUGCGGGAAAGGAACCGUCAGAAGCCUGUACAGGUUUUGUGCUGGUCUGCUCGUGGAACUGGCUGCGAUUUUUGGGGAGAUUGUAGUUGAAGCGGAAGAUGGCGCUGACGAUACCGGAGCGGGCGCGGGCGCUCGUAGACCGCGGCCGGAGGAAACUUGGAGGGACUCAGAAAGCGAAGGGGAAGAAGGAGAAGAAGCGGAGGUGCUAGUUACAGAUUGGAGAGAACUCUGCCGUCCUCUGUCGAAUUAUCACCUGUCCUUCCCUCCGUCUCGCACCUGGCACCGCAAAGUCGGCACGCUCCUGGCUUUGCUUCUUGCAAUGUCAAACGCGCUGUCACACCAAGACCGCGGCUCUGAUCCGGAGCUUUUCCUUGUGCUCUUAAGGGAGCUGGUGAAAUCGUACGCGAUGGCCCAUGCCUUCAAAAAGCUCGCAAUCAGGAGAGGGGCGGUAGCCGAGCGGGCGGAAGAGGUGGGCGAGGAGACGGCAGCGAGUGUGAAGAGGGCGUUGUUGACACUUGAAAGCAAGAUCGGCAAGGAGCUGGGACGGGACGGGAUCUAUGUUGAAGCGGUCGAGGAAGGCAAGAUUUCAGCCGCACUUGGGAGCUUGAGCCUUUAACCGCUCCAAACGGACUCGCGGGUUAGAUUGUUUUACAUGACCAUGCUGGAAUUUCUCAUUUGCAGAGACGCAGGGAUAGGUGUGGCAAAUCUGUGCGGGUGUUACGUAGAUUGUAAGAUUUUUGCUUUCAGACCUUUGCAGCCGGAGGACAAUGGCAGAUGUCAUAUACCAGGUGCUGAAAGCGCCGUAGAGAACAUUUAUGCGGAGAACUACUGGCCGUUUGUUAUUAGGCCUGAGAUUAUCGAUCAAUAUACUUGUUGGCUGGAGCUGCUU